UGUUUAUGGUUCAUGCCCCAGGGUCUGGUUCCGAUUUGUUUUGCCAUUGAUUUGAAAAGAAUGAGCUUUUGACAUAUUCCUAUCCCACCACCUCGGGAUUGUGCAGCCAGGCACUGUCAGCAACCCCGUGCCAUGGGGCCUGGGAAUCCUCCACUCCAGCUCUGACAUGCAUCUCCCUCAGAAGUAACCUGCUGGCAGGAGCACUGUCUAUGCCCCUCAUCUCGUCUUCCCCAGCAAGUCUUAGUGGAAGUCUUCACCCACAUCUCUUCUAACUUUUGGUUCUUUUUAUGCAACUCUGUCUUCCCCUCCAUCUCUCUUUCCUCCUCUCUCUCUCUCUUUCCCUCUCUCUCUCUCUCUCUCUCUCCCUCUCUCUCUCUCAUAACCACCUGUAGCACUCCAGAGCCUCAUCUCUGACUCUCCAUCAGGUCAUCAUUGCCCACCUCUCUUUCUCUCUCUCUCUCUCUGGCCUGUCUGUCUGACCCCUUCCCCCCCUUGCGAUGGACUUCCUGCAGAUGAAACACCUGAAGCGCAAGCGGAAGAGCAACUACAGCGUCAAGGAGACGCAGACUCUCAUCCGCGAGAUCCACAAGCGCCGCGACGUUCUCUUCUCGCGCCAGCAGAACACGGCCAUCAACGAGCUGAAGCGCCGCGCCUGGGACGAAGUGGCCGACUGCGUCAACGCGCUCGGCGAGGGCGAGCUGCGCACCGCUGCCGAGGUCAAGCGCCGCUACCUGGACUGGCGUGCGCUCAUGAAGCGCAAGCAGAUGCGCGCCGAGCUGGCGUCGGGCCUGAAGGCCGGCGGCGAGUACGAGGCGCCGUGCCUGUCACCCGACAACGACGCCUCGCUCAGCGGCGGUGACCAGUCGCUAGACGUGAGCGGCUUCGCCAAAGAGGCGGCGUGCGAUUGGCAGGACCUUUCUGACCUCGGGGAGCCGAGCAGCCACACGCCCUCGGGGGUCAAGAUGGAGGAUGAUGAUGCUAAUGGCUACAGGCUGGAAAGCGACGCUGGUGAGGUAGGAGAGGGCGAAGCGGACGGAGAGGAGGACGAUGACGACUGCUUCCCCUCCAUCUUGCCCGACAUCGACCGCGAGGGACGCGUCCCCGAGGUCUUCGCCCACAUCGACGAAUUUGGCAUGCUCAGCUCCUCCAAAGCCUCCUCGGUCAGCACGGGGGGGCGGGACCUGGGCCUGGGUGCGGGCAUCGGCAUGGGCAUCAGCGGUGUGGGCCUGGGCGGGGCUGGCCUGGGGGUGGGUCUGGCCGGCAUGGGCCUGGGCGGCGCCCACGAGAGCACGGGCCUGCUUAUCGCCCUGGAGAAGCAGCGGCUGGACCUGGAGAAGCACCGUCUGCAGGUGGAGUCCGAGCGGCUGGGGGUGGAGAAGGAGCGCCUCCUGCUGGAGAAAGAGCGCUUGCGGCAGGCCGAGACGGAGCGCGAGCGCGUGCAGCUCGAGCGCGAGCGGCUCCAGGUGGAGCGCGAGCGGCUGCGCCUGCUCAUGUGCCAGACGACCGCUGCCCAGCACGGCCUGCCCUCGUCCACCUCCACCGCCGCGGCCGCCACGCCCAGCACCUCCUCCACCUCCUCCUCACUGUCCUCCUCGAGUGCCCCCACCUCGUCCACGCUGGAGGGGUCGGACAAGGACAGGAAGCCCGUGUGGCACCCGGCCGUGGACCUGGAGGCCGAGAAGCUGAAGCUGGAGAAAGAGCGCCUCCUGCUGGAGAAGGAGCGGCUGCAGUUCUUCAAGUUCGAGUCGGGCCGGCUGCAGAUCGAGAAAGAGCGUCUGCAGGUGGAGAAGGAGAGGCUGCAGCUGCACAAGGACGGCCAGCAGAUGGCGCUCCACCAAGGACACUAACCAGAGACACUGUGCUCAGCAUCUGCAGAAGGAGAGGAUACGAUACGCUCUGUAGGGGGAGUGGGAGGACGUUUUGGGCAGGGAGGAGAGAGGGUCAGACAGAGCAAGAUGGUGGAGCAGAGGUGUGUGUGUGUGUGUGUGUGUGUGUGUGUGUGUGUGUGUGUAGGAAAGGAUCCACAGGACACAUGUGGAGGCAGUGAAUGAACAUCGGUUAGAGGAGGGACAAAAGUGUUUGGACCAAGCCUGUUCGAUAUGCCACGCAGGAGGGCGCGUGUGCCUGCUGUCACAGAGUAAUGGAAAGACAUGGUCCAGUGUGUUUGCUUCCUCCUGUUCCCUGACAGGAUCACAGAGGGCAGUGCCGGUGCCUCUCUGAUGCUGCCAGUGCAGUGUAGCUGCUGUUCGGUGAACCAUUGUGCUUCUCAGUUCAUUGUUGGGGCGUUUGCCUGCCUGUUGUCUUUUGUGGUGGAACAGAUAGCCAAAUGGGACUCAAAUGCUGUGACUGUUCAUUCAUGUGUGAGUAUGUAUGUGUGUGUGUGUGUGUGUGUGUGUGUGUGUGUGUGUGUGUGUGUGUGUGUGCGUGCGUGUGAUAUGCUGCAUUCCAGAAACCUUGGAAGUCGGAUAUCUCCUAGUUGAAAUCUCCCAGAUUCAUUCCAGACAAACUCUGGGGAAAAAUACAAUGGAACGCCGUUCGAGUUUCUACACUCGAGGCAAGUCAAUCUACCCCGACUUCAAAAUCGGGAGUUGAUGUCCGACCUCCGACGUCGCCUAGAAUGCAGCAUGAAACCCGAGACUAGUCUCGGCACAAGAUGGUGCUCGCUAUGAUCUAUUAGACGAAUAAAUUCCCAGCUCAGCAGCAUCCAGAAAUCAGUUGCAGCAGACAACAAUCGAUACAUAAUGUAUUGGUUUUUCUCUUUCCAUCAUGUAUCGGUGAUUUCCAUUUAUGUCAAUAUGUUUACCCUCCAUUUUGUUUGAAGUCUUUUAUGGUACGUAAAUAUGAGGAAAAAAAACCCUUUUGUAGUUGUGUAUAUUUGUGGAAAAAUGUGUGCCUGUAUAGAGGGAGAUUUCCCUCUUCUGAAAUGUGUCUGUUCAGUACUGUUGUUUCAUGUACAGAGUGCAGUCUCUGUUGCAAUACAGAAGCACACAACUAAGUGUCAUUGUGUAUCUAUAUCUAUAUAUCGAUAUAUAGAAAUGGCUAAAGCAGGAUGUCUAAUAUGCCUUGUGACUUUAUUGUACCGGUCAUUUAUUUUUUAUUUUUUGUAAUGUUUCAGAUGUUGUAUUAUUGCUGGAUGAGUGUUUGAGAGGAUACUUGCCUUUCUUUUCUAUUUUUUUCAGAGCUCUUCAGGUGCAGUAUGUUUGGAAAAGCAGAAAAAAAUAGAUCUCUUGUCCUUUUUACUGCUCUGUCUUUUACGAUAAAUAAAAAGGUGGUGCAUUUCUUUGAA